AUGGCUGAGCACAUCUCCAAAGUCCCCUUCGUCAUGGUUGUGCCUCUCGCCUUCGCAUACCGCUAUGUCGUUGCCGCAUCUCGAGCCGACAGACUCGCCACAGCGUUCCGCAGCCUGGACAUGCAGGACAUGUUCCCCACACUCUACCUGCUGCACGAUGGUGGUAUUCGCGGCUUGAUCGACUACGACAGUCCCCGGUAUAUGGCGCUCUACGCCGCCGUGUGUUCACAAGGACUACGACUCUGGAGAGGCACGGUCUUGCUAUACUCUCGGGUUGCUUGGCUUCACGAACCAGAUGUGGCCGAGGUGCAUCAUGCACCCGUCCUGGCGUGGCAAUACGUCCAGCUGGCGUGUUUCUGGGUUCACGACAUGUACUCGUGGUGCGUAGCUGGCGGCGGUUCAGCUCUGUGGCAGACGCUGCCUUUGUCGGGCCGAGUGGGGUGUAUCGGCCUUGCUACCUGGUGCAUGGUCAACGGAGUGGUGGAGUUUGUCGUGGUGAUGAUGGUGGUGAUGGCAACGACGGAACUAAUGAGCUGGUGGCUGUGA